AGUGGUCCAUCUGGGCUCCGGCCGCCAGCCUCAGUAUAGUAGUAUAGUAGCGCUCGGCGAUCGGCCCGGAGCCAUGGCCCUGAGCCUUCGGGGGCGAGCCCUCGUGGUGUCGCCGGCGGACCCCGAGGCGGACAGCGAGGUGAAGGCCGUCUCGCUCCUCGGGCUGGCCGUGCUGGCCGCCGUCGCCGCCCUGGGCUACGGGCUCCGGAGGGCGGCGUGGCUGGGCCGGCCGGGGCGCAGCGGCACGCUGGCUGCGCUGUGGGUGGGGUGCGCCGUGGCCCCGUUCGCAGUGCUCCACGCCCACGGGCCCUUCCGGUCUCUCCUGGCCCACUUCACGCUGGCCUUCCUCGGGGUCGUCGGCAGCUUCCGGCUCCUCGAGCUCAUCCUCGGCACGGGGCCCCGGGGCUUUGACAGAUCGUUCAAGAAUUUUAUCGUGUACUUCAGCUCUCCGGCGGAGGUGCUGUUCGACGAGGCUGGAGAGUUCAAGAGGUCCCCACCUGGGCGGCUCAUGGAAAUCCUACUCCGCUUGGCGGCACACAUGCUGAUGGGCGCAGUUCUGCUCAGCGUCGGGAAGGCGACUGACUUUGUCCCUUUCCUGGAGCGGGGGUCGCGGCCAGUAGAGAUGCCGCACUUCGGCCUGCCGGCCUCUCUGCCGGGGCUGUGGUUGCAGGCCGCCUUCGUCUACUGCCUGCUGACGACGGCCAUGCUGAUGCACAGGGUGCCCGUCGCCAUGCUUGGGAUCGACACGGUGGAUCCAAUGAGGGCGCCCCUGCUGCUCUCCACCAGCGUCCGGGACUUCUGGGGCCGACGUUGGAACCUCCUCAUCCACCGCCUGAUGAAGAGGACCUUCUUCGCGCCGCUCGCCAGGGGCAGCCCCGGCGCGGGGCGGCACCUCGGAGGCCUCCUCGCGUUCGCGAUGUCGGGGCUCUUCCACGAGUACAUGUGGUUCGCCGUCAACUGGUUCCAGGUCGGCCCCGCAACCUACGUUCCGGGGCAGGUGCUGCUCUUCUUCCUGGUGCAGUUCUGCCUCUGCGCCGCGGAGGCGGCGCUGGCGGGCACCCGCGCGGGCCGCUGGGCCUCGGGGCUGCCCGCGGGGCUGCGGACGGCAGGCACGACACUCGUCACCCUGCCGGCCGCCCCGCUGUUCCUGCAUGGCCUCCACGGGGCCGGCAUGAUGGCGCAGUGCGCGGAGCAGAGCGCCACUCUCGACCUGCUGCCCAGGGGGGCCGACGCCGCGGGCCUCCGGCAAACGGUGCCCCUCGACUGGGCCUGCCUCGCGGCCUUCGCCAGUGCUGUGCUCGGGCUCCGGUGCCGCGCGCGCCUGCGGGCGCGAGCCUGGGGCGGAGCGGGCAAGGCGGCGCGCCUCGCCACGCAGGUCGACGGCGCGAGCACCCUGGUCGGCGGCUGAGGGGCGUGGGGUCGCAGCCGCGCCCUUCAGCCCGCACUGUCCUGCCCUUUUUUCUUGGGGCGCCUCGCGCCGGCGAGUCGGCGCGAGCCUGCCGCCGAUGGAGCAGCACGAACCCUGGCCACGCUGGCAUACGGGUGCUUUCCCAAGGCGCCCCGCUGCAAAUUCAUCGCACACAUUGUCGCGCGGGCCUGUCCUGGCAAGCAAGUCUUCCAUGUCUGUUUCCCAACCGGCCGUGCAGGCCAGGUUUUCCCAGAAGCUCGCAUUCUGGCAGAGAUGCGUCGUGCCCGUAGAUGGUGAAGUGACUCAGCGGGAAGUCAAGCCGAGCGACGUGAGGGUCUGAGCGUCGGCGAGGAGAGCAGGUGAGCCAGCGAAGAGCCUGCCUGCGAGAGCGCCUGUGAGCAUAGAUAGCACGAGUGAGGAGAGGAGAGCCUGCGAGAGCACCCGCGAGGAGAGUCAGCGAGCCGAGAAUCUGUCCGAGCGUCCGUGAGCAGAGCUGCCGCCUGCGUGGCGUGUGGACUCAGACAUCCGGCGCUCCAACUUUUUUGUUGCGUGGACUUCCUGAGGUCCCGACAGUUUCCCUGCAGGGCCGGUUGAGUAGUUGUACGAUUUCAUGAUCUAUUCUUUCGGCUGGUUCAAGAAUCGACAUUAAGCAUCCGGCCGCCGGCACAUUGAUUCCCGUCGCCGAAACUGUGGUGUAGUACAGCCCUGCCGGAAUAACACAGUUUUUAGAGUAAUUCGGCCUACGCAGUGCUGCGAACUUGCACGGCUCGCUUCACAGACCGAGCCGGCCGUCUUUGAAUUUUUAUCGAUCUACGAAACAUGGCAAAUUUCUUUAGUUUUGCAACGCC